AAGCUGCCCUGACGUCACCGUGUUGAAAUAUUUGUCUGUCGCUCAGCCGGUUUGGAGCUGUCAGAGAGCGCACACCCUCCGCUUCUUACUCGUGCGUGAUGACCAUGGAGACGUCCAGGAGUUUCACAGGAGGAUGUCAUUUCCAAACUCAGCGCGCAGAGAAGGACGCCUUUUCAAUUAAUGAACUGAGAAGAUGGAUUGUGUUAAUAUGCUCCGCGAUGAAGUGAUGGAAGUGAUGAUAACCAAACCACAAGGCGCAGAAGUUGCUUGUGUUUCUGCUUUGGAGACAGUGGACAGUUCAGCCACUUGAACGACUAAAAACAAUCAGAAAGGACGGAGCGAUACAAAAAAAUCUAUUAGAAAACCAUGCACUGUUCAUAUCAAUGGAGAGAUGGCAUGCGUCCUCCUCUUCAGUCGACUUCUUCCCUUCUCGCACCGGCUCACAAGAUCAUCCAUAUGCUUAUUAUCUCUUUUCCUUUCAUAUUUGUGCUACUGUGCACUAUAUCCUGCCGAUACCAUCAUGCAAAAGUCAGGUGAUCCGACGCCCAGCUGUCAGCGCGCCCUGGCCGAUGGAUCCGAAAGGCGCAUUCAGAAAUCUCUGUCUUGCAUUUUGCCGUUGGAUGUAAGACCGAGCAGUGUUGAGGCAUCUCGGCUGAAAUCCGACCAAAGACCUCCGUCGACUCUCCACAUCGUCAGGAACGACACGCCCAGUCCUCCCAUGAGCAAUUUAAAGUUUGGGAAUAAAAAGUUACCAAAUGCCAUCAUAGUUGGUGUGAAAAAAGGUGGAACCAGAGCUGUUCUGGAGUUCAUAAGAAUCCACCCCGACGUGCGAGCGGCUGGCACCGAAACACACUUCUUUGACAGGAACUACGAUAGGGGACUGGAGUGGUACAGAGGUUUAAUGCCAAGGACUCUUGAAAGCCAAAUCACGAUGGAGAAGACGCCAAGCUACUUUGUGACAAAAGAGACACCACACCGGAUCUCUGCAAUGUCCCGAGAUACUAAGCUCAUUGUGGUGGUGCGAGACCCCGUCACUCGUGCAAUAUCAGAUUACACCCAGACUUUAUCCAAAACUCCAGAUUUGCCGAGCUUCCAGGAGCUGGCCUUCAGAAACCAGAGCCUGGGUAUUGUGGACACAUCCUGGAACGCCAUUCGUAUCGGCCUGUACGUUCUGCACCUCGAAAACUGGCUUCGCUACUUCCCUCUGGCUCAGAUCCACUUUGUGAGCGGAGAGCGUCUUAUCACAGACCCAGCAGGGGAGUUGGCUCGAGUGCAAGACUUCCUUGGGUUAAAGCGCAUUGUCACAGACAAACACUUCUAUUUCAACCGCACCAAAGGCUUCCCCUGCCUUAAGAAGCCGGAGAGCAGCGGCUCACCCCGCUGCCUGGGCAAGUCCAAAGGCAGAACUCACGUGCAGAUAGACCGAGAUGCAAUAGAGCAACUGCGAGACUUCUAUAGACCGUACAAUGUCAGGUUUUAUGAAAUGGUUGGUCAUGAUUUCAAGUGGGAGUAGGGGUAUGAGACUUUUUUUUCAAAUGGUACAAGAAAUAUUUAUGUAUUACACAGAUGCUGUUGGUUUACAGUAAUAUGUCAUACCUAAGGUGUAUAGCUAACUAUAAACAGUCUCCAGACAAUUUCCAAGUGAAACAGGCUACAGCACAAGCAGUACUAUUCUUUGAAGUGACACUAAUGAACAGAGCAAAAUCUAAGAUGACAUUGCUUUUGUACUUGUAAUGAUGAGUUACCAGCGAGCAUCAUCGUCCUGUUUGUUGCUAGAAAUAGUCAUCACUUCAGCUUCAGGAUCACAUGAUUUCUGCUGCUGUUACUGUGUAUUAUUAUUGCUGUCUAGAUUCAUCAACUCCUGACUGGUUUAUUAAAAAAAAGAGAGAGAGAGAGAGAGAGAGAGAACUUCCAGGGAAAAGGAUUAGUUCCUCUUAAAACCUGCUUCACUAAUCAAGGCAGUGCCUGAAAGGAAGACCUUGGAAAAUGUCAGUGAAGUCUUCAGGGAGAGCGGAGUUAAGCUGCAGCACUGUGGUGAUAAAUCUGAAAUGUAAAGCCAUAACACAAGUAUGAACCACCUAAUGUCACUUACUGUCGGUCUUAUCGGUUUCUAUACGGGGUGAAAGGUUUUCUUUCUCAUUCUUUCCGGCAUAAAUCAGAUAAGUUAGUAUACGCUGUAACGUUCUGCACUUCACUUUGUUGUCUGUACUUCAUUUGAAUAAAACAAACAUGUUUAUAUUUUUGUUAAAGAAAAAAGUAUUUAAUCACUGCUUGUCCAUGAACUUCAUUAAAUGAA